CUCGAAUACGACGUAUUUUAUUGUGCUCGUUUACGGUUUACGGUUCACCACACUCUACGUAGCGUCCAUGUUCACCAUUUUGCAAACCUGAACGACCAGAAUCGAUCACCACGUCCCAUUUCACCAUUUCACUGCAAAAGGUUGCACGCAUCAACCCCCCCCGCUCCCAACGACAUCCCACCUCAACCUUACCCAUACCUUAUCCCUCUUGGUCGGUGUCGGUCUCCUUGCUGGGUCCGCAAAGCUAUUCCUCUCCCACCACAUCUCAGCACCACAAUAGCUCGACAACUCCAAGGUACAUUGGGCAAAUCCACAGCUGACACCCAAUUACUACAACAAAAGACGCCAACUAAGGCACCUAAGGUCCAACGGUACUCUUGGAAGCUGUGCCAGUCCGGAUCGCUCGGAAAUUGAGCUACAUCUGCGUCCACCAGUGACCAAGUUACCAACUCCGUGAAGUUUGAACAGCCUCCUAAGGGGUACCAAGUACAGCGCUCGACCCUCGCAACAUUGCGCUUACCUAUUGUCGCUGAGGUGUCGUCGUCCUCCUCCUCCUUGUCCGCCGCGUCUAAGCCUCCCUCAAUCCCCGUCGCCCCCGACUUUCCUCUUUGCUCAAAGCUCCGUCCGCAACGCUGCCCCUCCGUCGCACAUUCACUGCCCACGUAAUAGACCCGGUCUCACUGCCUUAUCCAUCAACCUCUCUGUAUCCGUACCUUGCUUCCACGGUCCUCUCGACUUUGCUCUUCUCGUCUUCCUGCAUUGUCACUCCUUGGCCGCCAACCGCAUAGACGCCAGUCCGUAAACUCUCCAUCAGCCGCGUAACCAAAGUAGGUACCUACCCUAGUCAUUCCCCAAUCCUCACAACCCCUCCAUACCUUAACUCCCCUCCGGCGCAUGUCAGCCACCCAGUCUGUUCCUCCCUACCGUCACUUCAACCUCCGGCGCAAGCCAUAUUCCGGCCAUCCGCGCAUCACUCGGCUUGAUUCUUUUCACCUUGCCAGAUUUCCUCUCCAACCCGCCGCCAUUUGCCAAUGCACUACACUGUGGGAUGACCCUGCUGACCCCGUCUCAGCACCACCAAUAUAGUCCGAAGCAUUGACUGACGUCGUCGACUGAUGCCGGUCUGUUUGAAACCACAAACCUCGGCUUUGCCUCGAAUUUUCACGUUUUCGCAAAGCUCCCUCCAGUGCGCUUCGGGGACUCGCCUUGCACAAUUGCCAUUGACUUCGCAAUUUGGACGGCAGCUCCUAGUCAGACCCUGUGUCCGGAAAUUCAACUGCCCCUCCAAGCCCUCAAAUUACAGACGAUUCCAACCACUCGGAUCACCACAGUCACCGGGCCUCCCCAACCUCAAGAAACCCCGUCUUCUCCUCGAGUCACGGGUUGACAUCGUCCUCUGCUCCGUAGCUGUUGCUCUUGCGUGCGCAUACGGCCUGUUUUAUCAGCAAAUCACCGGAUCCAAACCUGACCCUCAACCAGACAACGAAAUCGCAGAACCUCAUCCAUCAGAAGUCAUGGCGACGGACAUUCCCGCUGGGAGACCGGGUAACCUCACGCCGGAGCAGGAGGAAAAGCUGCGCCAACUGUGGAACCUCAUUCUGUCCUUGGGCGAGGAGACCAGCACCGCCGCUGCAGACAGCGCAUCUGCCAGCAUAGCCCCGAGCGAAACGUCGGCUCCCGGAAAAGGCGACAAGCCCAAGAAGAAGCGCACUUCAUUGUUUAGCCGCAAGGAUAAGAAAGAGGGCGCCGCGACAUCGACAGCCAUUCCAGCUGGUAUCAAGGAGGACGGCGAGGACAAGUACGGUCAAACGCAACAGUUCAAGGAGGCUUUGGCCAACCAGAGUCCCGAAGCUUUGCGCGCCACGAUAUGGUCGAUGGUCAAGCAUGACCAUCCCGAUGCCCUUGCCCUGCGAUUCCUGAGGGCGCGAAAGUGGGACGUUGAGAAGGCUUUCGUUAUGAUGAUCUCCACGAUGCACUGGAGGUUGACGGAGAUGAAGGUUGACGACGAAAUCAUGAAGAGUGGUGAGGCUGGUGCGCUCGAAGCUGCGCAAAAUUCCGAUCCCAAGAUUAAGCAGUUGGGAGAGGAUUUUAUGGCCCAGGCCCGUUCAGGCAAGACGUUCAUCCAUGGUCUUGAUAAGGGAGGACGCCCGAUCUGCCAGGUCAGAGUGCGCAUGCAUAGACAGGGGGAGCAAUGCGAGGAGAGUCUCGAGAAGUAUACUGUCUUCUUGAUUGAGACAGCUCGUAUGGUUCUGGCUCCUCCCGUCGAUACUGCUACAAUCGUUUUUGAUAUGACCGGCUUUUCACGGGCAAACAUGGAUUACACCCCUGUGAAGUUCAUGAUUAAGUGCUUCGAGGCAAACUACCCCGAAUCUCUCGGUGCUGUUCUGGUGCACAAGGCCCCAUGGGUCUUCCAAGGUAUCUGGAAGAUUAUCAAGGGUUGGCUGGACCCCGUCGUAGCUGCCAAGGUCCACUUCACCAACAAUGUCAAGGAAAUGUCAGAGUUCAUCGAGCCAAGCCACAUUCUCAAAGAGCUCGACGGCCAGGAGGACUGGGACUACAAGUACGUGGAGCCAGUCGCUGGAGAGAAUGACAAGAUGAAGGAUACGGCAACAAGAGACGCGCUGCUUUCUGGAAGGGAAGAACUGGUCCACGAGUACGAGGAGACAACCCUCCAGUGGAUCAAAGAGGCCGGGACAGACAAGGAGGCAGCCAUCAAGGCACAGCGCGAGGAACUUGCCCGCAGACUCAGGGAUGACUACUGGAAGCUCGACCCUUACCUCCGAGCAAAGUGCGUCCUAGAUCGGACUGGCGUUAUCCAGGAUGGUGGCAAGAUCGACAUGUACUCCAAGGGGGCACCUGCUCCCGCCACUCCCGCUCCCGCUGCAGCAACUCCUACGCCGGCUUCCGCACCCGCACCUGCGCCAACCAACGGAGCUCCCGCGGUUGAGACAUCGGCCGACGAUGUAGACUAGAGACCGGCACAGCCGGCAUUAGAUUUACGAAGGACGUACACGCAGGUUAUGAGAAUUGGUCGGGGGGAUAAAAGAGGUUGAAACAGCCAAAGACGUCGAAUUACGAGGAAUUGAUAUCCCUGCUAUUGAGUUGAGGGCGGGGGUGUUGAUAAUACCAAAACUGGCUUCUCUACAUCUUGGACUUGAUGUCCUCAAAGAGGGCCUUGAGCUUGUCCAUAUCGGUCGCCUGCUGGGGCCAACCCACGCCGAGACCCUCGGUCUCAUUUGGCUUGGGAAUCUCCAACGGGUGUCAGUACGAGAAUUUGAGGCGGUGGUGAGAAGUGUUACCAUGUGGAAGUGAACCUAUGAUGAUUAGCUAUGAUGACUGGCAAGGUUGAUGAAUAAAGGGGGAACACUCACGUGGUCGACCAUUUGGUGAGCGAUGCGGCCGUUGUUCUGGAGGAUAUUGUAAUCGGUGGCACCGGUCGCGGCGACCAGCUUCUUCACAACAGGCUGUAAUAACGCAAGCGGUCAGAAUGAACACACAAGGGGGCGCGAGAGAGGCUGGUGGGAGGCAUACGAGGAGUUCGCUGAGCUGAUCGU